UUCUUAUUUGGCAAGUGGUAUAAUUUCUCUAUAUGGCAAUAUCAAAGUGGUAUAACAAAACAAAACCAUUCUUUCAUUCACUCACCGAUCACCGAUACCGAUUGGGUCAUGCAUGUUACAAUAUUUAUGACAGUCGACGUCAAAAGUAUUAUUUUUGUGAUUGUGAAGAUAAAAUUUUAACUUUUCGGUUUUAUUAUUAAUCUCCAAAAUUUAGGAUCAAAUUAAAAUGUCCUGCCGCAACGCUUCUCACGCUGGAAGCUGGUAUACGGAGAAUGGAAACGAGCUGUCCCGACAGCUGGAUCUCUGGCUGUCCAAAGCUGAUCUCAGCCAUGGACCCGCGCGGGCUAUUAUCGCCCCUCACGCGGGCUACUCGUACUGCGGUGCCUGUGCCGCGUUCGCGUACCGACAAGUCAGCCCUGUUGUUGUAAAACGUAUUUUCAUCCUGGGCCCCUCCCACCAUGUGCGGCUGGGGGGUUGCGCGCUGUCGUCACUCGACAAGUACCAGACACCCCUCUACGACCUGACCAUAGACAAACAGAUUUACGUGGAGCUGGAAGCCACACGACAGUUCGAGUGGAUGGACGUACAGACGGACGAGGACGAGCAUUCCAUAGAGAUGCACCUGCCGUAUAUAGCCAAGGUCAUGGAAGAAUAUAAAACCGGUUUCACGAUCAUACCUAUUCUCGUAGGAUCCUUGACGCCUGAAAAAGAAGCCAAAUACGGCGCCAUCUUAGCCCCCUACCUAGCGGAUCCACAGAACCUGUUCGUGAUAUCAUCUGAUUUCUGCCACUGGGGCAGCCGGUUCCGCUACACCUGGCGGGACUCCUCCCGCGGCCAGCUCUACCAGAGCAUCGAGUGGCUGGACAAACAGGGUAUGGACAUCAUAGAGACGAUGGACCCCCGCUCGUUCACAGAAUACCUCAACAAGUACGGCAACACUAUAUGUGGCCGUCACCCUAUAGGAGUCUUGCUACAGGCCAUAUCGAAGUUGGCGAACUCCUCGAACGCGCCGAAGAUGUCUCUAAAGUUCCUGAAGUACGCGCAGUCCUCACAGUGUAUGACGCCGCAGGACUCCUCCGUUUCGUACGCCAGCGCGUCGCUGGUCUUCGAGUAGGUACACGGGUAUAGUGGGGUACACGUGUGUACACGGGGAAGUACGCCGCAGAACUCGUCCGCUUCGUACGCCAGCGCGUCGCUCUUCUUCGAGUAGAGUUCAUUGGGUUACAUGUUGAGUUGUGAAGAAAGUUCUCCAUUUUGUAUGGGUCCUACGUUAACGCUUGAGAAUAUGUCCCAUAGUAAACGGAGAACGUUCUCGAGAUCGCAACGUGUACCUAGCGAUAAGGGUACAUGUGUAUAUCCGUACACAGGAGUUUAAGGCUCUUGUCACAGUUUCAUUGUUUGUAAAUCUUACUGCAAGGAGAGUCUUUGUUCAGUCGAGUAAAUAUACGAAACACGCACAAUCCUCGCAUUGCCUGAGGCAGCAGGUCUAGUUCAUCACGUACGCCAGCGCGUCUCUCAUCUCGCCUUCGAGUAAACGGUUCAUUGGGGUACACGCAGAGUUGUGCCGUCCUGGAGAACGUUCUCGACUUUGUAUGCGAAACAUUCUCGAGAAUAUGUCCUAUAGUAAACGGAGGACGUUAUCUAGACAGCUCUAGAGUUACACGGGUUUAUCGGGGUAGCGUGUAUACCCGUAAACGUGUUUAAUUGCGUUAGUCAUAAACGCGCUACGAGCCUCAAUUAGCUAUUAGAGUCAAACCAAGAUAAGUUGACAGCAAUUUUGCACUGUGCACGGGUUAUGUUAAACGUCAAACUUUUAGGAAAUUAUGAUGUUUACUUGACACUUGCAUCGUCUGGUUUAUCGAAAUCGCUGCCAGCUUAUCUUAUUCUGACUGUAACCGUCUGUCUUAAUCCGCCUUAAUUUAUGUAUUUGUAAGAAAGAGAUUAAACAUAAAUUAACUUAUUGAGGCUUACUCAGACGUCGCGUCACUCUCUCAACAUUCACGUAAAUAAAUAUCGACAUAAAAUACCCUUAUUAUAGAGUACCUGUACCUGUGCACGACUAUACACGUGUAACCAACUAGUCGGUGUCUAUAAAAUGUAUACAAUCUAUUUACCACUCAAACUCAUAAACAUAAAUAUGUGUACACAUUUGGAGUCCGUCUACGCUAACACUGCACCAACGUUGAUAGAUCAAAUUGUCAUUAUAAGGGUCAUAUUUUCGUACAAAUUUGGCGUUUAUGACAUGAUGACAUACCCACAAUUUGUUGAAUUUGUUAUUGCAAAGUCUGUGCAGAUGCAGAGUUAGCUUGGUCUGACUAUAUCUGUACGCUAUUAUUUUUAAAGUAUAAUAAAUGGCCAAGAUAGGUAAAGUGAACUCGUAUUUACCUCAUUUUUAGACUCCCUUACUCAUAGUGUUGUGUUCCUGCCGGUGAGUACGGUUGCCAAAGUUCAACGAGGGUGCGGAGUGUUAGGGUCGGCAACGCGCAUGUAACUCUUCUGGAGUAGCAGGCGUCCUAUGUACGCACUUGUAACUUGUAAGUUGCAGGCGUCCAUAGGCUACGGAGACUGCUUACCAUCAGGCCGGCCGUAUGCUUGUUUCCCACAGACGUAGUAUAAAAAAAAACUUAGUCCCUUGUCCUUGGCCAUUUAUUAUGUAUAAUUAAAAUAUAAUAUAAGAAAGAUGAAUUUAUAUAUAAGCUAGCAUGGUAAGUAAUAUAUUAUAUAGUGUUAGGAAUUUAUGUUUUUUAACACUUUUUUUUACAUAAAUCUAAAACACUCAUAAAAUUAUUACUUUAAUUAGGUACUGUCACAAAAAUAUUUGAACAUUGAACUGUUAAAUACGGAAUAUCCUCUACCUCUUUUUGUUUUUUUUUGUCCUCUACAUCUUGAACAUAUUUCAAAGAUUAAUUGAUUGUAUAAGACGUGUAAUGUCUAAAAAUUGCUUAGAAUUUGACUGCUGAGGGUAUACGGCGUAUGUCGAAAAUCAUUAUAUGCCUUUCGUUCGCUCGAAUGUUCAGAGUAAUAGAGAGAGAACGUUAGUUUUUCAAUGUUAGUGGUGGGCCUCCAGAUGUACUUAAAUGGCGCUGUGCGGAUCCGUAGGCACAUUAUGUAAUACCUAACUUUGGUUAUCAAAAGCUGACGUUGAGUAUAUAGUGACAAUAAAACAUAGACUUAAUACUAGGUACGCUGUGGACUUCCGGUUCGAGCGCUAUCUUGAUAGUUAGCCUCGUUGUUUUUGCUCAUUAAUAUUGUUUAAAAUGUAAUAUCGAUAGCAUAUUCAACAGUAAACUAAUGUAGUAGUGUGCAGUGAAUGGAGAAUUAAUUUUGAAACGCUUUUAACGUCCAUUAUGGAGUCAACGGCCGGUAGUUCACGUGCUCCUUGUAAAGUCCAGCUGUCGCUUUACAAGAGUUAAUAAAAUCACCGUACACUAUCUUGUACAUACUAACCGUACAAUAUUAGUUGUAUUUAAAGCUCCUGAUACCUUGAUACUGGCGAAUUAGUCCCACUGAACUGAAGGCAUCAUUUAAAAAGAAUGAUUAGGUACGCUGUAUAUUUCAGUACGCUGUAUAUUACAAUCAAUAACUCUUUGGUAUAUAUAAACGACUUUAGUUACUUUUCUAUAACGUGUAUUUUCCCGAUAGCUAAAAAUCUCAAUUAAUUUGUGUAUUUUUAUGUACUAGGCAUAAUGGCAGCUGUAGUAUAAUAGUAAUCAUAAAUUACCUAUGUUAAUACAUUACAAGUACCGCCCAUUCAGAAUCUUACUAUGUUUGAACAAAGUAUGUACUAAAAUGACGGUUCAACUGUUCUACAGUCUAACUAAUCAAGCGGUCAUUUUAGUACAAAAUAAGGGGCCUAGUCAAGAUGACAAUCGUUGAUACCGAAAAAUACCCCAAAAUACCGACUUAAACUUGUGUUGCAUUUACAUGUACCUAUAAUAAUUGCCUUACUUAAUAGUUAUAUGUAAAACCUUCACAGUCUCUUGAUAGAUAACUGGCAACAAUUAUUUGAAUUCAGAACUAUCGCCCUGAUGAAGGAAUAAAGAUCUGCAGGCGAUUUCAUUCUGAAAGUGUCAAGCAUCUGGGUCAGUCGAUAUUUCUGUAAUCUUGCUGAAAAUAUAAAAAAUUCUAAUAAAAUAAGAAAUCUACCUGGAGCGUUUACAUUCCCCACCUCAGCUAGACCGUAUCUCUUUUACAGUACUUAAUAUUAGUUUUUUUAGAGAUAAUAUAGUGAGUACCUUACUACUGUAAAAUGCUCUUUCGAUGCUCUUGUAAUUCAAGAUAAAUAUACUCGUAUUUUAUGUAAUUUUUCUCAUUAAGCGAAAAUGUUAAUUUCUUUGAGAAAUAGUUCUUUAAACCUAAAUAGUCACAUGACUUUUCGAAUAUCAGUCAUCUUUAUACAUUUUUACUUUCUAUUUGGCGUUUGUCACGAUUGUGUCGAUUGUCAUCUUAGCUAGGCCCCUCCAGAUAGAUUGGGCAGUCGAACUGUUAUUUUAGUACAAAAGUGACUAUAUUAUAGUUUAUAUUUAUUUCUCGAACCUACUACAAGAGCUCAACUUGGAUCUAGUUUCAAAGUUAUUCCGCACAAGUAGAUAGGUUUUCUUUGUCAUGUUUGACAACUCACUUAAAGUACAAGAAACUAAUAAUUCUAUCUGGGAAUGUUAAUGCAUCUGUAUCCAUGUAGAAAUUUGAACAAUUUUCUUUUAAGUAAUAUUGUACGCGAUUUUCUUUUAUCGUAUUCUUGCAUUGAUGUACAUACAAUAGUAACAUGUCUGUUUUCAAGAAAUAGUUAACUUAUUUUCAAUAAGGUUUUACAGCCAUAAGGAUGCUAUUUUAUCCCCUUAUCGUCAAUAAUGUGGUGCGUAAUGGAUAAAAACCUUCACUUAUACCAGUCUUUUUGGAAACGCACACAAUCGAGGUUAACUUAAUUUAAUAAUCUGUAUCGCCAACUUAAAAUAUUUAUUUAUUAAAAUGCAAUUCAUCAAUAAUCGUAAUGGACUAAGCGUGUAUUCGACCAACGUUUCCUGUAUUAACGUCAGAUACUAUGUCAAUACGUAGUAUAAAAUCUUAUAAACGUGUUCGUGUACCGGGGUACACGGGUACACGUUCAAUCAGCAACAAAUAGAUGAUGACAGUAGCCACAUAUAUCUUAUGGUAGGUCGUAGAAUUAUGUUGCAAUAAUGUUUGGCCGCAUUCUAAUAUAUUAAAUACAUAAAUUUCGUUGUUCUGUUGGAGUUUAAACAACCUAUAAAAGGAAGCAUGAGGUUGUCAUUCAGGCACUUAAUGAGGUAAAUUUUUGAAGUCAAUAAUGAGUAAUAAUCGAGCUAGUUGAAAUGAUGUCAUCGUAUUCGGAAUAAAAAGCCCAAUAAAAAUAAUUCGUAUUUCUGCGAAGUUCUUUCUAGUGAUAAUAAUACUUUUAUAUAUAUGUAUAUUUUAUUGGUAUUCAGGACAACAACAACAGUUAUUUUAUAACCUUGCCGCAGGUUUUUAUUUCAAAUUGUCGUAGUUUGAUAAUUUGCGUACCUAUAAAAAUAAAAAAUAAGUUUAUUGCACACAAAAUCGAUACAGAAUUGGCGUGAUAUCGGGUGGGUGCAUAGCAUAGUUACAUAAAAGGAGUUUCCAGAGGUCCCCGCACUAGGCUAGGCCUGUACCGCGGGAGACCAAGCAAGCAUUUGUAUGUCAUAUGUGUGACCUAAACAUACAUUGUUCUGUUAGUAAACUAAAUAAAAGUACGUUACAUCAAAGUUUUACAGAAACUACUUUCAUAAUGGACACAGGUAUAGAUAGGGUACCUAUGUAAUUUAAAACCAUCCAUAAGAACGUCUGUACCCGGGUUCCGACACAUGUCAUUGUUAUUUACUAAAACUGGACUUAAUUGCGUAAAAAGUGCCGUUGUAGUAAAAAAUAAUGAGUAAAAAUCGGAUCUAAUAUAAAUAUACAAAUGUUGGCCGAAUCCAUGUUGAAGUUCACUUUUGUUAAUAACAACGAUAACCCGUUAUAAGUAUAUAUAUAUAUAUAUAUAUAUGAUUUGGGUAGGUAAGCGUGUCACUUCGAUGGAUGAAAUAAAUACAUUUCACUUGUAUUUUUGUAUAAUAUAUGUAUAUGUAUAAGCUGUAUGGUAUAAAAUAUGACUACUAUUAAGCGAAGGUGACAGUAAUACGCAAUCAUCAUAGUUUUGGCAAAAUCUAAUUUUUUUGUAAUUUCAAAAUUCUCUCAGAUGUAUUUUUGGUCUCAAAAGCAUUUAGUAUCAUCUGAACAUUGUGUCUCAAUUAUAUUUAGUUUGAUAA